AUGUUGGUCCAACAACAAUCUCCUCCUCUGACAGUCCGAUCGGAUUCAUCCUCACUACCAUCCUCACUACCUUCCUCAUCACCACCACCCAUGAACACUAGCACCACCUCAAUGAUGACACCACCCACCGUCAUACAUCAUCGAUCAUCACCGACUCACUCGGAAAUGACAUUGUCAUCAUCAACAACAACAGACACCACUACCACUUCGAGUCCAAUGAUAAUGAUCACAAAGAAUAACAUUCCAUCGAUGAAAUCAUCAUCAUCAUUCGGAUGGAACUCUUCCCGACGAAUGAUCUUGACUCUUGUCAUUCUCUUUGCACUUUUUCUAUUUGUAUAUUUGAUGGUUAAAUCCACAAAUCACAAAUUUGAUAAGAAUGAUAGUGGUGGUGAUGAUGAUGAUAUUUAUUACAACACUCCAGUGGCAUUGACACCAGAAGAACAAGUUACUUUUUUAGAAAAUUAUAAAAAAAAACAAUUAUUGAAUUCUGUAUGUUCCAUUGAAAAGAAUGAUGGAAUGCUCACAAGAGAAAUUAUUGGACCUCAUGUAUGGAAUGUAUUUCAUGCAUUUAUUGAAAAUUAUUCCAAUCAUCAAGAUGAUUCUAAAUUAUUACAAUGGAUUCAAUUAACAACUGAAUUAUUUCCAUGCCAACAAUGUUCGAAAGAUUUUAGAGGAAUUUUAAAAAAAUUUCCAUAUCGAGGGUUUGAAAGUUACUAUAAAAGCAAAAGUAGAUGGAUGUGUAAAUUACAUAAUUUAGUGAAUCAAAAGACAAACAAAGACAAGUUAUUUGAUUGUGAUGAUGAAAAGGAAUUGAGAAUGAGAUAUAAAUUACAAAAAUGUUAA